CCUAGGAGGAACCCAGCUUGUCAUCAGUCUUCUUCAAGACCGUAAGACGACGUGAUGACGUCUGUCUACAUCAUCACGCUCUCAUCAGGCGACUGUUCCGACGCUGAGCAAAGCUCACUGACACCAGAAGUCUCCUCCUAUAGCUGUCAGCCUUGUGUGGACGAUGUUUCUAUUGAUGCCGGUUCCCAUCUUGACAAAGAUGUCCAAACUGACAGUAAGGUCCAGAUCGACAUAUCUGGGGCACAUCUGAACAACUCACUCUCCCACGGUCAUGACAAAACCUGUAGUGAUAGACUCGAGGAUACCAAUGUAUCCUUCACUUACAGCACGCUUGGGGAUGUUGAGGAGGCAAUCGACAGCAUGUCCCCCCAAGGACCACCCAACUUCUCGAUCCCCCUCCCUAACAAUACGGGAUGUGGGGCUGGUAUUUGCUGGCUUUGUCCUCCACCUUUUCCCCCAGGGGCUUGGAAACAGCUACGGCGUGGUGUACACCCACCUGAAGGACAUGGAAGGAUUCUCUGACUAUCAAAUGUCCUGGAUUGGCUCUCUAAUGGCAGGGAUGCUGGGUGUUGGAGCUAUUCUAGGUUCAUACCUCAUAGAGGGCGUGGGGUGGCGCCUGACCAGCAUCGUUGGAGGCCUUGUUUUAACGCUAGGAAUGGUCCUGAGUGCAAUGGUUACGAACCUGUAUCUUCUUUACCUGUGUCUCGGAGUUAUGCCAGGUAUUGGUGCAGCUCUGUGUCAGCUAGCAGCUAUUGUCUGCAUCAGUCACCACUUUGGUAAAGGACUGCCACUUGCGUUGUGUUUCAUGGCGACUGGUGGUGCCAUUGGAAUGCUUACUUUCCCACUUGUUUGGAGUCUCGUCCUGGACAACUUUGGGUGGCGUGGCGCGCUGCUAAUGAUAGGCGCCAUCUCUCUCAACAGUGUCUGGUGCUCCCUCCUCCUGCAGCCAGAUCACAGCAAGGGAAAGAAAGACGUGUUGGCAAGCCGAAAGAGUUGCUGCUUCCCUGACCGUGCCAUGUUCAAGCAACGUCCACUGUUCAUCUUGUUUCUUCUGUCAGCCAUGUUUAGUGGCGUCAGUCUCUUCAUAUAUGGAUCGUACAUUCCGGAACAGGCCGUGGCAGCUUUACCAGAUGUCACGUCCACUGAGAUCGCUCUACUGGUCUCAGCCAUCGGUGGUGGCAGUUUCUUUGGACGAAUUCUUUUUGGCAGCCUUUCCAUGACAUCGCCCAGAGCUCCACUAAUUCUCUUUACAACAGCUUUAGGCCUGUGUGGAGUUUCUGACAUCUUUGUGCCCAUCUGUAGAUCCUACGUCAGCCUGAUGUUUAACAGCACACUUCACGGUCUUUUCCUAGGAGGAUGGACAACUAUCAUCUCCCUUGUGACCGUGACCUUGUAUGGCGCAGAAAAACUGUCUUUCUUUCUGGGUCUGAUCUUCCUCUUUCAAGGACUAGGGUGUGUAGCAGGACCCCCGCUUGCGAACAUGCUUGUGCAGAUGACGAUGAACACAGAGAUGUUAUUCUACUUCGCGGGCUGUGGGUUCUUCCUUGGCGUCCUUCUCAUGUUGCCUUUGUUCACGGUUAAGGCUUAUGCCAGAAACAGUAUGACCAAAGAUAUCAAAGAAAGGGAGACAACGGGACAGACAAACCUUGCUUAUGUGGAAGGUGGUUAACAUUUGGUCAAAAUCAGUCCUUUGAAAAUUGAUCUCAUGAGCACUGAAGAAAAUGUUAUCAUAUAUUGACAUACACAUUUGAAUACUUUACAGCUAUUUUAAAUUAUCCUUUCUAUAGUAAUAUAUAUAUAUAUAUAUAUAUAUGUUUGUAUGUUUCAUAUUCCAUGAAUGUGACAUGAAUAUACUAUCAGCAAACACUAUAGUGACACGUAUUAUAUGAAAGUUAAUGUAUCUAUUUAUGUGAACGAUGUAUGUUGUAAAAUAAACUGAAUGACGCAGU